AACGACAAAAUGAGAGCCCCUGUCAACACCAACCCGUGCAAAAUGGGGUUCCUGGACAAAGUCGUGUUUAAAAGCGAAUAUGAGGGGGACAAACACGACACGACUUACAUUCUAGUCAUCUACGAGAACGGAAAAGUGACUUCGUGGAGCGCCAAAACGGAAGAGGAGGUCUGUUCCAUAAACUUAAGCCCCAAUACUGACGAAUGUGCUACUACUAUGCAGGUGGAACGCGUGAAAUGUUUCUGGAAACCGACUGACCAGGCUUUUCUUGUUUUCCGAGAUUUUGACUCGAAUGGGAGUGGUGGGAUUCUGCAGAUAAUUAAUGUGGCUAAAGAUGGGAAAAUCAAUGAGGACCCUGUACUCCGAGAAAAUUUCCAGCGCAUCCUCAAACCAAACAAAUUCUCUGCUGCCUCGUCCAUACAAGUAAUCCAAGGCCGUGAACCUGGCGAAACUUUCUUGUGUGUAUGGGGAAAAAUGGGCAACCUACGAGUGUUCGACAUGCACAAUCUAUCAAACGAGUUUGAACAAAAAACUGUGAAUCAGGAGCCAUAUUCGAAACUGAAGCAGAUGCUCGUGAGCAAAGCGGGAGAGUUGUGCCUUUUCCAGGACUAUGGUAUAUGUGAAACUCAAAACAAGUUGACCGUCAUGUCCUUUCAAAUCGCCACCAAGUCUAAAAACGUAAACGAUAUACCUGAUCGGAUAAUAGGAAUAGAGAUCAAACUCGAUCGGAGCUCAAAUCAGUACGAAAUGCAGGUGUGUGAAAUAGAGUCGAGUACGGAGGCUAAACAGCUGUUCCAGAUUCCCGAUACUCGAAAUUUUCUGCUCUAUCAGCAGGAGGGAGAAAAAGGAGAAAAGCACAUCAUUUCUCUGUGGACCGCACAAUUCCGCUGCUCCUACAAAGCAACGAGAAACAAAGAUGUGAAGUUGCAUGAGUUGAUGAGCAACACAAAAGAAGCUGGGCCCGUGAACAAAGUGGUUUUUCAGUCGUUUAUGGGCGAUUCUUCUCGUCAAAGGCGGACGUUGGCGUUUGUCGUGUACAAGAACGGAUCUCAUGUCUCACUAAUAGAGUAUUCUUCGGAGAAUGACGUCACGGAAUUUCUGAUUUAUCGGUCGCUAGAGUUGUUUGACAAGAGAGACCAGGUGAAACUGAGUGGAGAGGUGGGAAUGCUGCCCCACUGGAACUGUCUCUACUUCUUGGUCGAACAGAAUGAAAAGCAGCCUGUCAAAAACUACAUUAUCCUCGUCAAGACAGCGACAGAUAAGAGCUCCAAAGAUGAAACAACGUAUCAGUAUGUGGGAGUAUUGCCGGGUGCUGAUCGGAAGCCCUUGAGGACCAUACUUGACCUUGAAGAGUGUGGUGCCGUGUUCAUGGACAUAUAUGAACGUGUGGUCCACUACAAAAGUACGGAGGAAAAACAGUCAUGAUGAAUCUGCAAAUUUUCAACAGUAUUGCAUUGAUAAAGGGUUAUUUGAAACAGAUUUAGUGA